AUGCUACAUUCUAGAACACUAGCAACACGAUGUUUGCAUCUAUCCAGAACAUUUUUCGUGAGUUCAGCUCUUCUUGUCUCUUCAAAUAGUCAGCAUUUCAGAUUCGCAUCCCAAGACUACAAAGAGAACAACAAGUUUGCAUCUUCUUCCGGUAACGGCUAUGAUAAAACUCGCCACAACCAAAGAAAUAAAGAAAGGGACAAUUACAGACGAACAAGAAUAGUCAGAUUCAACUUCGAGUCUGGAUCGGACCAGGCCAAACUUGCAGUUAAAGAUCUCAUCAAGCAAGUUCAGGCGAUGAGCCCCACCUAUAAAGUUCAAGUUCACGACCCCGAAACGAGAGGAUUGACCGUGACAAAUUUUGCAGAUAUUGUAAACAGCACAGACUUCAGCAGCGAAGGACUAAGUUUGCUACCACCUUCGAGAGGCAGGCCAGGACAACCCCUGUACCCCAUCAUCAAAAAGGUCAAGAUUCAAGAGAUGUUAACACAAUUUUCUGAAACGCUUGCUGCCAGAAAACAACAGGAGCUUUUGGAAAUGGGAAGCUCUGCGGCAAUGAGGUCUAUGACCCAGAGACAGCAAGCAGAACGGAAGAAGCUGUCUUUGAAGAUUGUACCUCUCUCGUGGUCCAUCAGCAUUCAAGAUUUGUGCAAUCAGAAGUAUAACGAGAUUGCGAGGCGAGUCAAGAAGCAAGAUAAAUUCUUUGUUUACUUAGGUGACAAGAAUUCUUUGCAAGAUUCGAAGAAUGCUACAGAAAAGGAAAGGCUCAUGGGUCUGUUGACAGGAACAAGCACUAUUAGGAAACAGGCUGAAGACAGUCUUGAAGUCGAGCUCCGUAAACGUGAACGGGUUGUCGAAAAAGUUAGGGAAAUUCUUGCUGAGCUUGAUUGCCCAUACGAAGAGUCUGGAAGUGUAGAUACUCGGGCUGCGUUCCAUUGUUCGCCAAAGAAGAUUCAAGUACCUCAGACCUCAGGCGAGAUGACGGAGAAAGAGCAGAAGAAGCAAAAGCGUGCAGCCAAGGAGAAGGAUAAAGAUCAACAGAAAUCUAAAGUAGUCACGGAUGACCUUGACUCGCUUUAUCUGUUCAAAAUAGAGGAUUAG